AUGAAGACCACAAGUGUUCUGGCAUUGACAGGUUUGCUAACAUCGGUCAAUGCUCACGGAUACUUGACCAUCCCUUCAAGUCGUACACGCCUGGGAUUUGAGGCUGGCAUUGACACCUGCCCUGAAUGCUCUAUUCUUGAACCCGUCACUGCGUGGCCUGAUGUGGAAGCAGCACAGGUUGGCCGCAGCGGACCAUGUGGAUACAAUGCCCGGGUUAGCGUGGACUACAACCAACCCGGCGAUUAUUGGGGCAACUCCGUGGUUGCCACGUAUACUGCAAACGAUAUCGUUGAAGUGCAAUGGUGUGUUGAUAACAAUGGAGAUCACGGUGGCAUGUUUACCUACGGCGUCUGCCAGAAUCAAACUUUAGUCGACUUGUUUCUGACCCCAGGAUAUCUCCCAACGACGGAGGAGAAACAAGCCGCCGAGGAUUGCUUCCUGGAUGGUGAACUGAAAUGUACCGAUGUUGAUGGACAGAGCUGUGGCUAUAAUCCUGACUGUACCUCUGAUCAGGCAUGUUACCGCAAUGAUUGGUUUACUUGCAAUGCAUUCAACGCCGACUCCAACCGCGGCUGCCAGGGCGUGGAUGGCGCUGCUUUGAACUCCUGCAAGACGACUAUUGCCGGCGGCUAUACAGUCACGAAGAAAAUCAAGAUCCCAGACUACAGCUCGGAUCACACUCUGCUUCGCUUCAGGUGGAACUCGUUCCAGACCGCUCAGGUGUAUCUCCACUGUGCCGACAUUGCCAUUUCAGGAUCCGGGUCUGGAUCAACUUCAAGCACUAGUUCUAUUAGUUCGACUAUAACAACUUCUGCUACCAAGACGAGCACCACUGCUUCCUCGACAACAUGCACUGCUGCUACAUCUGUCGCAGUAACCUUCAAUGAGCUGGUCACUACUACAUAUGGCGAGGAUGUCUAUGUCGUCGGUUCAAUUAGCCAACUGGGCUCUUGGUCUACCUCGUCUGCGAUCGCUCUUUCUGCAAGCUCGUAUACAUCAUCUAACCCAUUGUGGACUACCACUAUUUCCCUCCCCGUCGGUACCACUUUUGAAUACAAGUUCAUCAAGAAGGAGUCGGACGGCAGCAUUGUCUGGGAAAGUGACCCUAACCGGAGCUAUACUGUACCAACUGGCUGCUCAGGCACCACGGCUACUGCAAGUGCAACUUGGCGGUAG